AUGGAGAAUGAUCCCGAUGCUUCACGAACAAUUCGAUUUUGUGAUGCGAUCGACGUCCGAGAAAUUCCGAACAAAGACGCGGACGUACAGUUGAUGUCGAAUGGAAGUCGAAAGAGUCCGUCACAACAAGCAAACGUAACUUGUUGUCCCAAGAUAUUCAAAACAAAACAGAAUAUUAUCAUCGGAAUAGUUCUGAUUUGCGUGAUUGCUGGAACUGUCGGUCGUAUUGUACUCAGCGAGGAAGAUGAGUAUUUAGUUACGUUUAAUGAAACGUGUGAACAUGGUUCGAGUCAAUGCGAUCGAAAUAAAGAUCUUUAUUGUAUUAAUAAGAAGUGUCAUUGUGAUUAUUCGAAAAAAUAUUGGGAUAUGAAGACUCAGAUAUGUGUUUCACGUCAGAAUUAUUCGCAAAUAUGUCAUUACAAUGAUUCGUGUAUGGCAACAUUGAUUUGUUCAAGCCAUUCUCAUCUAUGUAUUUGUGAUCAAAGACAAUAUUAUAAUUCAAUUCUCUCCCAAUGUGUUAAUCGAGCAUCUCUCGAUGAAUCAUGUCUACCAUCGAUGAAUUCAACAUGUCUUCUAUCACUUUCUUGUGACUCGGGCAAAUGCGUUUGUCCAAAUGGAAAAAGAUGGCUGCCGUCGAAGAAGAUUUGUGUAACUAGUGGAUAG